GCCCAGAGCUCCUGAAUCCCAGGCAUGAAUGAGUAGGCGCGUCGCCUGUGAUUUUGAGCUUCCACUGUUGUUGGAUAUACCUCCUCCAGGCCCUGUACCCAACGUCGCUCAUUUCCACGCGGCGUCUUCUCUGUGUUCGUUGCAUUUGUGUAUGUGGUACAUGUUCUUUGCGAAUAGCUCCGGCAACACGAAAUUAUAUACUGGUUGAGCAGUUUGGGAUAGUGACAACUAUAGGCCACUCGAUCAUUACACAGGUUGCUAGUGCCGAAUACGGGCACAAACAAGCAAAUACAGGCAUACGACCGAUCCCGGAGGGUCAACCAGAGAAUAAGAUACGAGAACUCGAUCGCGAGGGCGAAGGCGAAAAGGGAGAGCUGUAGUGGGCGAGGUGGCCUAGACGUCGACCACGAUGACGGAUUCCCUACAUAACGCACCCAUCGUACUCGACAAUGGCUCUGGUACCAUCAGGGCUGGCUUUGCCGGCGACGAUCUACCAAAAUGCUACUUCCCUUCGUUCGUAGGACGUCCCAAGCAUAUGCGUGUCCUCGCCGGCGCCUUGGAGGGUGAGGUGUUCAUUGGCCAGAAAGCUGCCACCGAGUAUAGGGGGCUGUUGAAGAUACGGUAUCCCUUAGAACAUGGUAUAGUCACAGACUGGGACGACAUGGAGAAGAUAUGGGAGUAUGUGUACAGCGAAGGUCUGAAGACAAUGAGCGAAGAACAUCCUGUUCUCCUGACCGAACCACCACUGAAUCCUCGAGCAAAUCGUGAUAUGGCUGCCCAGAUCCUAUUCGAAACAUUUAACGUACCUGCGCUGUAUACAUCAAUCCAAGCCGUCCUUUCUCUAUACGCAAGUGGUCGAACUACAGGCUGUGUUAUGGAUUCUGGUGACGGUGUCUCUCACGCAGUACCUGUAUACGAAGGUUUCGCAAUUCCAAGCUCAAUACAACGCAUCGAUGUUGCCGGCCGCGACGUAACAGAAUACUUACAGACCUUACUACGGAAGAGUGGUUACAUCUUCCAUACAAGUGCGGAGAAGGAGGUAGUGCGGCUGAUCAAGGAAUCCGUCUCAUACGUGGCGUUGAACCCGAAACAAGAAGAGAAGGACUGGGCAAGCACCAAAUUAGACCAGGGGAAGACAGCCGAAUACGUCCUUCCCGACGGGAAUCGCCUACGUGUCGGCCAGGAGCGUUUCCGCGCCCCAGAGAUUCUCUUCGACCCCGAAAUCAUUGGCCUCGAGUACCCCGGCAUCCAUCAGAUAGUAACGGAUGCGAUCAACCGGACGGAUCUCGACCUGCGCAAAUCACUCUACGCCAACAUCGUGCUCUCAGGCGGGAGCACGCUCACAAAGGGGUUCGGUGACCGGCUGCUGAGCGAAGUGAAGAAACUCGCUGUUAAAGACAUGCGCAUCAAGAUUUUCGCCCCGCCCGAGCGCAAAUAUUCGACUUGGAUCGGUGGCAGCAUCUUGGCUGGGUUAAGCACAUUUAGAAAGAUGUGGGUCAGCAUCGAUGACUGGCACGAGGAUCCUGAUAUCAUCCACAAGAAACUUACGUAGACGAGCUAUUUUCACGAAAAAAAUGCAAAUCCGAACAGAAAGAGACAAAUUUCGGAAUCCCUAAAAAGGAGGCUAGGAAUCUCAAAACCACUAGAUCCGCGCUUCUCACGUCCCCCAAACGGAACAGCUUCAUUUACCCUAGACACCUCAUCAUGUCUUGUUACGCGGCUGUAUCCCGCAUGUAGUAAGAAAGCCUGGAAAUUAUGUACAAGUGGCAUGAGCAAACAAUUUUUUCUCCUUGGUGGAAAGCAGAUGACAUCUUCCUAGAAUGGCGCAGGCGGGUUGGGAGGGCGGAGAUGUCGAAAUAGUACACGGAGGACGGAUAACAUAGGGUGAAGAAAGAGAGCGAGAAUCAUCGUAGGUAGAUGAAUGAUACCCAUUUGUUGAGCGUGA